CUGUGAGUCCAGGAAGUGGAUGUGCAAUGCUGUGGUUGUUUAGUGACAUCUACUGGUUCACAGAUGUAGGUGGAACUUAAUUGAUACAUGAACCCUGUAAUAUCGGCCUUUUGCCUGAUUUUUGUGGUACUUAUGUCAUAAAUCUUGGUCUGUUAUGCAGCAAAACACCAGAGGUUAAAGGGAUAGUUCACAGAAAAAUUAAAAUCCCCUCACCAUCUACUCACCACUACGCCGAUGGAGACAUGGUGGAAGUGUUUGAGCCCACAAAAAAACUUUUGGCGUCUCAGGGGUUGCAGCCAAAUCCAAUGCAAUUGAAGAAUCUUUUUCGACUCUGUUUACUCCUGAAACUCCUGAAAGUGUUUUGUCGACUGAAAUACUUCACCCACCUCUCCAUCAUAGUGGUAAUUUUAAUUUCCCUGUGAACUAUCCCCUUUAAUUUGCGCGUUUUCUUCAUCUGCAGUGUGUGACUUCUCUCGGCCACCGUAUCGCACAUUAUUCAAUUUUUUUUGUUUGCAUUUAUUAUUACACACAGAAUUAAAGCAUGAUGCUAAAUUGCACAUUUACUUUUUUUUUGACUGAUUUAUUUUAUCAUCCCGAAUGUCGUGGUACCCACUGGUUACCGUCACCAUGGUUACCGCUGGAAGCCCCGUGCAGCGCGGCACCAGCUUGCAGCCGCGGCAAACGGCCGACAGGGGGCGCAGCGUGAUCGGGUGUCGCUGCUACCGGGGAGAGAACCGGGGGCAGAUCCGAGGAGCGGACCCGAGCCACCGCGGGGCUGCUCAGCUGCGCUCACACCGCCCACUGGUGCCUCCUCCGGGGUUUUUCUUCGUCCCCGCUCGGCUCGUUCCCCGGAGAACCAUGGUGGCUAAGAGCAGAAAACAGACCGGGAGGAGUCCGGCGACCCCGGCUGACCGCGACAGGAACCCGCUCGCGUCGCCCCCCGGUAAAGGCGGCGGCGGCAGGCGGCCGGGCAGGGAGGGCAAAGCGUUCCCCGGCUCUCACCCCAACGGGCUCUCCGGCAUCGGACACAAGCUCGGGCUGAGUCCCUCGGCGCUGGCGAAGCUGGGGAUCACCCUCCUCCUCGCGGCUCUGUCCGGGUUUCUGCACUGGCACCAUCUCUCUCAGCUGUUCGAGAAUGACAGACACUUCUCUCACCUGUCGAACCUGGAGAAGGAGAUGGCUUUCAGGACAGAGAUGGGCCUGUACUAUUCCUAUUAUAAAACCAUCAUCGAGGCUCCCUCCUUUCUGGAUGGUCUCCACAUGGUCAUGAACGAUCGGCUGACAGAGUACCCCCUGGUUAUCAACACGCUGAAGAGAUUUAAUCUCUACCCAGAGGUGGUCCUGGCCAGCUGGUACCGCAUGUACACAAGUGUGAUGGGCUACUUUGGGAUUCCCACAAAGAUGUGCUGGUCCAUCAACAGAGGAGAAGGACUCACGCCCGUGGACAGCUGCGAAGGGAUGGGGGAUCCAGCGUAUUUCUACGUGGCCUGUGUGUUCGUGCUGAACGGUUUGAUGAUGAGCCUGUUCUUCAUCUACGGCGCCUACCUCAGUGGCAGUCGGCUGGGCGGCGUUGUUACCACCAUGUGUUUCUUCUUCAAUCACGGCGAAAGCACUCGUGUGAUGUGGACUCCGCCACUGAGGGAGAGUUUUGCUUACCCCUUCUUAGUCCUGCAGAUGCUUCUUCUCACCUACAUCCUACGGACACGGAACCUGAGCCGGGCAGCCAUGGUCGCUCUAGGCGUCUCCAAUUUGUGCUUCAUGCUGCCUUGGCAGUUUGCCCAGUUUGUGCUGCUCACUCAGGUGGCUUCUCUGUUUGCUUCGUACAUCCUGGGUUACCUGGGUCCCACCAAGAUGCAGUCCAUCCUGGUCACUCAUAUGAUCACACUCAGUGUCUGCUUUAUCCUGAUGUUUGGUAACUCCAUGCUGCUCACAUCCUUCUACGCCUCCUCACUCGUCUCCAUCUGGGCAAUCAUUGCACUGAGGGAUCAAUUUGCUAAGGUUUUCAAACCUGGCAUCAUCAUCUGGGUCAUGCAGGGUCUGGCGUGGGUCGGCUCCACAGUUCUCCUCAAAUUCAUGUUGUCCACAGUCCUCGGUGCCUCUGAUGACGCUCACAUCAGUGGACUGAUCAAGUCUAAGUUCACCAGCUACAAAGACUUCCACACUCUGAUGUACACGUGUGCUGCAGAGUUUGACUUCAUGGAGUUGGAGACGCCUCUACGCUACCUAAAAACAUUGCUGCUACCCAUCAACAUGCUGGUGGUUGCUCUCAUUGCCGGGAGGACGUGCCAGGAUGUAGUCCGGUUCCUGAGGGGCGGCGGCAAGGCGCCUGGCAAGAGUGACGAUGUUGACGAAGGUGCAGGGUCUGACAUUUCUGCAAAAGGAGAGCUGGUGUACCACAGCCUGCAGCUGCUGGCGUUUGCCGCCCUGGCCGUCCUCAUCAUGCGCCUGAAGCUCUUCCUCACACCUCACAUGUGCAUCAUGGCCUCGCUCAUCUGUUCCAGACAGGUGUUUGGCUGGAUCGGGGAGAAAUUUAAGCACCAGAUCUUGGUGUUUGCUGUCAUGGCUGUCAUGGCCGUACAGGGAGUGGCUAACCUGCAGGCCCAGUGGGGGAUCAUCGGAGAGUUCAGCAACCUGCCGCAGGAGGAGCUGCUGGACUGGAUCCAGGACAACACCCUUCCUGAUUCCGUGUUUGCGGGAGCGAUGCCCACCAUGGCCAGUGUGAAGCUGUCCACAGGCCGUCCCAUCGUCAACCAUCCCCACUAUGAAGACGCUGGUCUGAGGGAAAGAACCAUGCUGGUGUACUCCAUGUACAGCCGCAUGUCCGGAGAAACAGUGAAGAGAAAUCUAAUGCAGCUGGGAGUGGACUUCUUCGUCCUGGAGGAUUCCUGGUGCACCAGACGAACCAGGCCUGGAUGCAGCAUGCCAGAGAUCUGGGACGUUGAGGAUGCGCAAAACGUUGGUAAAAUUCCCCUCUGCACCCACAUUUCCAGGAACUCAAGACCCCACUUCACCACAGUGUUUUCCAAUGACAUUUACAAAGUUCUCAAAGUCCCCAAAGUCACCAAAGAGCUCAGAUAACACUGUCGGAUGGACUGAUCCAGCACCAAACUACUUCUUUCCACCUCUUCUACUCUUUCGGGGUUUUUUUGUCAGUCACUGCUGUUGCUGCUUUUUAAUUCCAAAAACUCAAACCCCCACAGCUCCCCUUUUAUCGGAGAGAGCUGUGAUUCACUGAGCGGUGGACUGAUAAUAGGUUGGAUGUUCCUAAAUAAUCUGCCAUGAUUGACCUUGUGCUUCUCAGUAUUUGUUUCUGCCACAUCUUUGUUAUCCAGCGACGUUCCCAUAAUGCUGCAGUUGGUGCCCAAGUAAAAGCCAAUAGGUGUUAAAGCUCUUUUGCUUUAAUUCUGUUACACAACGUCAUUUAUUUUCAGAGAUGCUGUUAAACAUCAUUGUUGUUUUUUUUUUUAAUACCACUCAAAGCAACACUGUAACUUUUUUUUUACGUAGAAUCAGCCCAUUGAAGUGAGAUUGAUGUUUCAGUGACUGUGAAUAUAACUGUAGAUCAGUUCAAAAGACUCAGAAGUUUUUAAAAACCAGAGUUUAUCUCCAAUAUUCUGCAGGAAACCUUUAAAAUAUGAAGAAUUCUAAACAGUUUGGUGGAUUUGUUAAAGCCGCCACUCCUCUGGUUCAGAAAGCCGAGGAUCAUGGGUAAUAUCCACCAUAUUCAGUUGUGUUUUCAGUUCAGUGAGGGAGUCCCAGUUCCACUCAAUACAUUGAUAGACUUUGUUUUUUUUCCUCAUGAAAACCACUUCAUCGUUUGGACCAGAGCCCAACAGAAUCAGUCACCUUGUGUGCCUGCAGAUGGCGCUGUUGCUCAGUAAAAGUUACUUAGUGUUGCUUUAAGAAGUACAUUUUGUCUCGCAGGACCAAUCCGUGAUGUCCACAUACUGUGAAGCAAUACCCUUUGCAAACUUGACAAAAGCUUCUAUUGUUAUGCACAGUGUUAAACUCUGAUAAGAUUUUCAUUUUCCUUUCUGUAAUUUAUUUUGUGUGAAUAUUUUUAUGCAAACUUCAACACGUUGAGACGUUUUUUUUCCCCCGAAGCAAACAGUGUUUUCAGACUCGUGUGAAACAGGUGAAAAUUCUAUUCAA